AGUCAAGCCAAGCCCUCUUUGCCAAGGACCAUGCGGGCAGCCGCAACCUUGUAACUCGCUUUAACCCUAUUUAUACGCGAAAUAUAGUGGUAACAUCGACUAUUGGGACCCAGUUGAUCCUCGAUGGAGUAGAGACCCUGCUGGUCAACAAAUGGCUAUUCUCUAUUACGAACAUCGUAUGCGACCUUUAGAGUAUACCAUUAUUGCUCUCAUCCCAUUGUUCUUUAUUGUCAUUGCCUUCUUUGCCUGGAAACUGCGAAAAAGCUUUGCAUGGGAUAACUAUCGCAACUUUUCGGCUGAUGUCCGUGUCAGAAAAGCUUUGAUUCACCUAUCCAUCUUGUUGACACUCUUGAAACUUGACUUAUACUUUGUAUUCUCCUACGCCGCCCAGCUCAUCCCGUCUUCCAAGCUCGGUUAUGAUGCCAGUAUCGUAGAAAUGAUCUUGGUAUUCGUACUGGGUGCUCUUGGCCUCGCGCUAGGCUUUCUAGCUGUUUACAAGGAAAACAAGUGGUUGAUGGGCACUUUCGGUAUUGCCACUCUGUUGAGUCUGAUUUACUUUUUAUACCGCCUGGCCAAAGUCUCCAUGCCCCGCGACGCCUCAGACGAUCCUUACCAAUUUACUCGACGGUUCCUGAUCUUCACUAUUGUUAUUACCAUUGUACUUAACAUUGGUACCAGCGUGAUGACCGGUUUCGCCUUUAAUAACCUAUGGCAUGGCGUAAAAGUCUUCACUAAAGACCAUAAAGGAGGCGUGGUCCAGAAGAAUACACCUAUUGAUAUUGACGAUGGCUCCGACUUGGAAAUGACAGCAGGACGUCCUGGCGAUAAAACCGAAGUUGAGCAUGUUCAGCAUGGGAAAAAUAACAUGUGGACCAUUGAAUAAGCUUCUCCUUCGAGCACCGCCUUGUGAUAUUGCUUUACCCUCUAAACUUUUCACCAGGUUGCUAAUCGUCCACUUUAUCCCCCAUCUAUGUAUUGUCGUCAUUCCCUCCACACAUUUAGUUCACUGUAAUAUCAAUUCCCCCCUCCCCCUCAUUGCCCACUUACAAUUUAGUUGGGAAUAGUUCACCUAUGUGCCAACUAACUGCCAAAAAAAAAGAUAAACACAUCAUGUUAAGAAUACCGUGG